AUGGACGCCCGCAGCUUCGAUGCCUCAAUCGAGGCGUUUUUCGCCAUGUUGCUCAGUGAGCUCUCGCACCCGAGGCCCAUGGAAAUCGAGCACGCCACCACACAACAACAACAACAACAACAACAACAACAACAACACGGGCCCGGAAAAGCCGCUGCGCAUCGAAAUGACCGUCUCGUACGACCAGUUCUACCAGGUGCCGGUCUUACACUUCCGGGUCGACCACACGGUGUCCUCCGGCAGCAGGCACGCGGCAGCAGACAUCCACCCCGUUCUCCAGAGCCCGUUCUUGGUGGUGCACGCGUGUGA